AUGUCCAACUCCAGCAAUUCGAGAUCCGCAAAUGAGUUCCGAAGCGACACCUUCACCACACCUACACCAGCUAUGCUGGAUGCCAUGGCCAACGCCAGCUUCGGUGAUGAUGUUUAUCAAGAGGAUACCUCAACGACUCAGUUCCAGAAAGAAAUCGCUCGCUUGACUGGAAUGGAAGAUGCUCUGUUCAUGCUUUCAGGCACCAUGGGAAACCAGAUCGGUGUUCGGGUCCAUCUCAACCAGCCUCCACACUCGGUACUGUGUGACUAUCGAGCACAUGUAUAUGCGGAGGAGGGAUGUGGCCUGGCUAUCUUAUCUCAGGCAAUGGUCACACCUGUGCAUCCAGCUAACGGAAUUUUCAUGACCCUCGAUGAUGUCAAGAAGUGGGUGGUUUUGGGUGACGAUAUUCACACUGCUCCGACACGGGUCAUCUCUCUCGAGCUUACUAUUGGGGGUGUCCUUACGCCAAUCGACGAAAUCAAGAAAAUCUCCGAGUUCGCACACGCCAAUGAUAUCAAAGUCCAUUGUGAUGGUGCGAGACUAUGGAAUGCCUCUGCCGCUUCUGGUCAUUCCUUGGCAGAUUACUGUCAGUAUUUUGACACCGUGUCGAUGUGUGUCUCUAAAGGUCUCGGAGCACCUGUUGGGGGAGUUCUUGCCAGUACGCAGAGAAACAUUAAGCAAGCUAGAUGGCUACGGAAGCAGCAGGGAGGAGGAAUUCGACAAGCUGGUGUUUUGACCUCCGCAGCUAUGGUGGCACUGAAAGAGGUAUGGCCGACUAUGAAAUCAACACACGAGAAGACCAAGAAGCUCGCACGGGAUCUGGAAGCUAUUGGUGUAUUUCCACAAAUUCCGGUUGAUACCAACUUUUUCUUCAUCGACGCGGCGAGGUCUAAUCUUGAUAUGGGCGUCCUUCUGGAACAAUGCCAAAAGUUCAAUGUCAAGUUACAGGAUGAGCGGAUAUCUAUGCAUCAUCAGGUCAGCGAUGAGGCAAUUGAAUCACUCAAGGCGGCAAUCACUGAGGCAGUAAAGAUCUCGAAAGCUCUGUCACCCAAUUUUACUUCAAAGGUCCAAAGUGAGGGAUACGGCAGCUCUUCAAAGAUGAACGAAUAUAGCUAA